UAGAUUCUAGAACAGUUGUACAAUAGAUAGUCUCUGUUGGAAAGGAAGUAAUGAAGAACUUGCACUAGCUAGACUACUUUUUCUGUGAGAAUCUUGAUAUUAAAAAAAUCACGAUGCAAAAUCCGGACUCGGGACAGGGAGAAUCCACCAAGAAUGCAUCUGGGUCGGUCCAUUCCGAUAAUAAUGCACCGAAUAGCGGAGAAAUUAAGCCACCGGGUUUUGACGCUGUAUCGGUUCUUUGGACAUUUGGCAAGUGCCUAGGUGCCUUGCUGCCCGUGUACCUUGCAGGAUACUACCGGGUUAGCGCCAGUUUUUUGGUUUUCGGGCUUAUGGUCUACACGGGAUGGAGGCACUCGCGCGAGGCAAAAGAAGCUCGUCUGCGGUCCGCCAUUCACCACUAUGACAACGAGAAACAAUAUACAUCCAUGAAACAUUUCAGAAGUAAAAAGGAUCUCCCUGCUUGGGUCAACUUCCCAGAUGUGGAGAAGGUGGAGUGGCUCAAUAAGAUUCUGCAGCAGGUGUGGCCGUUUGUGGGUCAGUAUCUGGAAAAGUUGCUGGUGGAGACCAUCGCUCCCUCCAUCCGUUCCUCCAGCACUCACCUCCAGACCCUCACCUUCACCAAGGUGGACUUUGGGGACAAGGCCAUGAAGGUUGUGGGUGUGAAAGCACACACAGAGAAUGAGAGGGGACAAGUUCUGCUGGACGUGUACAUCAGCUAUGUUGGAAACGUUGAGAUUAAUGUGGAGGUGAAGAGGUAUUUCUGCAAAGCAGGAGUCAAGGGAAUACAGCUGCACGGGAUGAUGAGGGUGAUUCUAGAGCCUCUGAUUGGAGAUGUCCCCAUCGUGGGCGCGGUCACCAUGUUCUUCAUCCGCAGGCCGAAACUGGACAUCAACUGGACUGGAUUGACCAACUUACUGGACAUCCCUGGCCUGAACAUCAUGUCUGACACUAUGAUAAUGGACGCCAUCGCCUCCUUCCUGGUUCUGCCCAACCGUCUGACUGUUCCCCUGGUAGCAGACCUGCACGUUGCCCAGCUACGCUCUCCUCUGCCCAGGGGUGUGGUACGUAUCCACCUCUUGGAGGCUGAUGACCUGCCAGCUAAGGACAACUACAUGAAGGGAGUGAUAGCGGGGUUGUCUGACCCGUAUGCUCUGUGUAGGGUGGGAACUCAGACUUUCACCUCCCACGUUGUGGACAACACUGUCUGUCCCAAGUGGGGAGAGAUGUAUGAGGUCAUAGUCCAUGAAGUACCAGGUCAGGAGCUGGAGGUGGAGGUUUAUGACAAAGACCCAGACAAUGAUGACUUUCUGGGGAGAACCAAGAUAGAUUUGGGUAUCGUGAAGAAGUCCAAAAUUGUUGAUGAAUGGUUCACUCUGAAAGAAACCAAGUCAGGACGUGUCCAUUUCAGACUGGAGUGGUUGGUCUUGUUGCCCAAUACGGAGCGACUGGAACAGGUUCUUCAGAGGAACGAGAGCAUGACGGUGUCCAGUAAGACCUCUGACCCCCCCUCGGCAGCUAUCUUGGCAGUGUAUCUGGACAAGGCUGAAGCCCUUCCUAUGAAGAAGGGCAAUAAAGAACCUAGUCCCAUGGUCCAGUUGUCUGUACAGGACACCACUCGAGAGAGCAGGACCUGUUGGACGACCAUCAACCCAAAAUGGGAGGAUGCCUUCACCUUCUUUAUCCCAGAUCCACACAAGCAGUCAAUAGACAUUCAGGUGAAGGACAAUGACCGGAUACAGACUCUAGGUAGUCUGUCCAUCCCUCUGUCCCGCCUGCUGUCGGGCCCCAACCUGUCUCUGGACCAGUGGUUCCAGCUAGACAAAUCUGGCCCUGCCAGCCGCAUCUACAUCAACACUGUACUCAGGGUGUUAUGGUUAGAUGAGGAAAACAUCCCCACUUGCUCUACAGAAGCAGCCAAACUAGCAGCAGGUCUCUCAAAGAUACGCCCCCAACAGACCUCCCCAGACCCCAGCUUUGCCACAGAGGGGGUGCUGAGAAUCCACCUUCUGGAGGGCCAAAAUCUGGUCCCCAAGGACAACAUGAUGGGGGGCAUGGUGAAGGGCAAGAGUGACCCCUAUGUCAAGAUCAACAUUGGGGGUGAGACCUUUGAAAGCCGAGUCAUCAAUAGGAACCUCAACCCCACCUGGAACGAGAUGUAUGAGGUGGUUCUGACCACACUGCCUGGCCAGGAGCUGCAUGUAGAGCUGUUUGAUAAGGACAUGGACAUGAAGGAUGACUUCAUGGGAAGGUUGAAGAUCAGUCUGAAGGAUAUCAUCACCUCUCAAUACAUGGACCAGUGGUACACUCUGAAUGAUGUGAAGUCAGGUCGCCUUCACCUGGUACUGGAGUGGGUACCAACAGUAUCACAACUAGACAGACUGGAUCAGGUGUUCCAGUUUCAGUCCAGGCAGUCUUACCACAACAAAGCCUUUCCAUCCAUGGCUCUACUGUUUGUGUUUGUGGAGAGGGCUGACGGCCUACCUCUGAAGAAAAGUGGGAAGGAGCCAAAAGUGGGAGCUGAACUUGUUGUGGGGGGGACCUCCCAUAAAACGACGGUGUGUGAUCGCACCAUCUCACCCCAGUGGGACGAGGCUUUUUACUUCCUGGUUCAUGACCCUAGAGAGGAGAUCCUCAUAGUGAAGUUGUCUCACAGUUGGACCUUGCCUAUUGGUUCUCUGGUGGUACCAGUCAGAAAGCUGCUGUCAGAACCAGAUCUGGUCCUGGAUCAGUGGCUGAAUCUGGAUGGAGCCUCCCCUGAUAGUCAGAUUCUACUGAGGGCUGAACUGAAGGUGCUGUGUCCCAAGAAGUGUGAGAUUGAUGUGGAGAGGGCAGAUCAACCCAGAGCUCGAGCCGCAUCUACUGCUGAACAGAUACUGGAGAGAGACACAGUGCAGCAGAGGUGUAUUUCAGUGGACACUCCCAGUGCUCCAUCCCCCAGCCCUUCCUCUAUCCCAGCACCUGUACCAGAGCCAGAGGAGUCUAAGAGGGUAACAGUUACUGAGAUGGUACCUGAGGAGGUCACUGAGGAACCCUGUCUUCCUGGAACACUCCCAACACACACCAACCCUGAGCCCAGCUUUGGCUCUGAGGGGGUGCUGAGAAUCCACCUACUGGAGGCCCAGAAUCUAAUCGCCAAGGACAAUCUGAUGGGGGGCCUGAAGAAGGGCAAGAGUGACCCGUACGUCAAGAUCAACAUCGGAGGGGUCAAGUUUAAGAGUCAUGUGAUCAAGGAGAACCUCAACCCCACCUGGAACGAGAUGUAUGAGACGGUGAUGACCCCACAGUCAGAUCAGGAGGUCCAGGUAGAGCUGUAUGAUAAAGACAUGGACAAGGAUGACUUCCUGGGCAGGUGUAACAUCAGUAUGAGAGACAUCAUACACUCCCAGUAUACAGACCAGUGGUACACUCUGAAUGAUGUGAAGUCAGGUCGUCUUCACCUGGUACUGGAGUGGGUACCAACAGUAUCACAACCAGACAGACUGGAUCAGGUGUUGCAGCUGCAGUCUCUCCAGUCCUACCAGAACAAGGCUGUUCCCUCUGCUGCUCUGCUCUUCGUCUACAUGGACAGAGCCCACUCACUGCCUUUGAAGAAAAGUGGGAAGGAGCCAAAUGCUGGAGCUGAGCUUGUUCUGGGAGAGACAACCUACAGAACCAAGGUGUGUGAUCAUACCAAUUCCCCCCAAUGGGAAGAGGCUUUCUACUUCCUGGUUCGCGACCCCAGAGAGGAGAUUCUCAUAGUGAAACUCUCCAGUGCUUGGGAUCAGGCGAUGGGUUCUCUGGUGGUACCAGUCAGAGAGCUGCUGUCAGAACCAGAUCUGGUCCUGGAUCAGUGGCUGAGUCUGGAUGGAGCCUCACCUGACAGUCAGAUUCUACUGAGGGCUGAACUGAAGAUCCUGAACUCGAAGAUGACUGAGGGUGUUCGGGUACCACAAGGCUCUGUCUCAGGUCCAGAAACUAUUACUAGUUGGAGUUACAGUGAGGAGGAAGAACCAAUCACUAUUGAGCAGCCAGUUACUGCGACCAUUGAGGAGGACCAAGACAGUGAGGUGCCCUCUGAGGAAUCUGUUGCAGUCUCUAGCCAACCCUCUAUCUCUGAACCUAAGGAAGCAGAGGUUGUCUUUGAGGUCCCUAAAGAAGACCCCAGCCCUCCUGAGACAGUCCACACCCCUGACCCCAGCUUUGAAACUGAGCAGAAAGAGGAGCCAGAAGAACCUAUCACCGUCACCCAACUGUCAGUCACAGCAGACACUGAGGAGCUCCAACCCUGGCAGGGACCAACGGCAGGAUCUGUUACAGAGGACAUUGCCAGAGCUACAGUGUCUAGCCUUCCUUCUGUGUCUGUACCUGAGGAAGCUGAGGUCAUGCCUGAUGUCAUCCCUGAAACACGCCCUCCUCACACUACCCCUCACCCAAGUUUUGGCACUGAGGGGGUGCUGAGAAUCCAUGUACUGGAGGCCCAGGAACUGGUUGCCAUGGAUAAGCUGAUGGGGGGCCUGAAGAAGGGCAAGAGUGACCCCUAUGUCAAGAUCAACAUCGGAGUGGUCAAGUUUAAGAGUCAUGUGAUCAAGGAGAACCUUAACCCCACCUGGAACGAGAUGUUUGAGACGGUGCUGAACCCCCAGGCUGGUCAGGAGGUCCAGGUAGAGCUGUAUGAUAAAGACAUGGAUGCAGAUGACUUCCUGGGAAGGUUUAUGAUGAGGCUGAGUGAUGUCAUCAGCUCCCAGUACACAGACCAGUGGUACACUCUGAAUGAUGUGAAGUCAGGUCGUCUUCACCUGGUACUGGAGUGGGUACCAACAGUAUCACAACCAGACAGACUGGAUCAGGUGCUGCAGCUACAGUCUCUCCAGUCCUACCAGAACAAGGCUGUUCCCUCUGCUGCUCUGCUCUUCGUCUACAUGGACAGAGCCCACUCACUGCCUAUGAAGAAGAGUGGGAAGGAGCCAAAGGCUGGAGCUGAGCUUGUUCUGGGAGAGACAACAUAUAGAACAAAGGUGUGUGAUCGCACCAACUCCCCCCAGUGGGAUGAGGCUUUCUACUUUCUGGUUCGUGAUCCCAAAGAAGAGAUGCUCAUAGUGAAGCUCUCCAGUGCUUGGGAUCAGGCGAUGGGUUCUCUGGUGGUACCAGUCAGAGAGCUGCUGUCACAACCAGAUCUGGUCCUGGAUCAGUGGCUGAAUCUGGAUGGAGCCUCACCUGACAGUCAGAUUCUACUGAGGGCUGAACUCAAGAUUCUGGAAUCUAAAAUGGUGGACCUGAUAGGUCAUGGAAUUCUUCCGUGUGCUGCAGGGAACUGUGGGCAGGUGAAGCUGUCUCUCUCCUAUGCCUCAAAGAAGAAGAAACUGACCAUCACAGUCCACGCCUGCAGGGAUCUGGAGUCGCCCAGUAAAGAAGGUCUAGACACCUACGUCUCCCUCAUGCUGCUGCCCGACAAAAACAAGGCCACCAAGAGGAAGACAAGCAUCAAGAAGAGAGACCUCAACCCAGAAUAUAACGAAAGGUUUGAGUUUGAGCUGUCUGUGGAGGAGGCCAGGCGCAGGCAUCUGAGUGUGUCAGUGAAGAACAGCAAAGCCUCCUUCAGGAGCAGCGAUCUCAUUGGACAGGUGCAGAUAGAGCUGGCUCAGAUUGACCUGGCCUCAGGGGUUACAGAAUGGUUUGACUUGAAACAUGAAGCUGAAUAGUGGAUCUGUCAUACCACAGGGUUAAAGUUCACCUGUACAGCCUAACUCACGCCGAUGCCUUCCCCCACCUACCACUGCUGCAGCCUUCCCUGUCCUAUCACCUGUUAAUGUCGAUCUCUAAAUAUCCACAUAUCAAUAUUAUCACUAAAGACAGGGCUCAAUAGGUCAGAACCUGGAUUGAACCAGGAGAAAUUCUGUAUUAUAUAGUUUCAUCUGAAAUUUAUACCUAGUAUUAAUAGUUAAGGUCAAAAUGUGUACAUACUUCUGAAAAGGUUGAAGGUUAUACCUGCAUACUUUAAGAACUGAUGAGGGUUAUAUCCGUUUAUUAAGGUUACUUUUGAAGUCUACAUUAAUAACUUGUUAGGGAUAUUUGAAGAUCAUAUGAAGGUUAUGUACGUUAAAGGUUAAUGUACUAAUGAACGAUAGCUACAUGCAUUUAUCUUGCUAAAGUAAUAUCAGUAAGGAAGGAGUUAAUAUUAUCAAGGUAAAGAGACUCUUGCCUGAUCCAGGAAGUGAAUAGGGACCAGCAUGCGUUGUCAGUAUACGGUAUCAGAUUGGUAUUAUCAAAUAACUUGUAAGCAAAGUAACAAUACAUUUGAAAGAUAUCAGCAAAUUCCAUUAUAUUAUGGAAUGAUGUUUGCUGUGGAAAAUGGUUAAGCAUGUUAAUACUAAUAGAAGGAUAAUGAGGAAGUAAAAUGUUAAGUAUAGUAUGAGUCCUUGCGGAUUGAGAGAGAAAAAUCAGGUCCGGGACAAGGUCCGGUGAACAGUACACUUUAACCCAAAUAUUUUACUCAGUGUCUAGUCAGGAACCUCCCUUAUUAAAAGAGCAUUGAUUUUACUUUGCCUUAUGUUAUCACAGAGACUUAUAUAGUAUAUACUGUACCAAUGGGGCGGCAGGGUAGCCUAGUGGUUAGAGCGUUGGACUAGUAUCCGAAAGGCUGCAAGUUCAAAUUCCCGAGCUGACUAGGUACAAAUCUGUCAUUCUGCCCCUGA